UUAAGAGUGAGGUUCCUAUUGAUGGUGUUGUUUACGCUAAUUUUUCUUUAAAAUGUUGGGAUUAGGACCUAAGAAGGACGGUGGACCUAAUGUGAAAUUUUUCGAAGCUUCUGAAACUUUAUUACAGUUUGAUACAAUUAAAUCAUGGCUUCAAAAAAACUGCAAAAAGUAUAUUCAAACAGACCCACCAACAAGCAAAAGUUUAUCUGCCCUGGUUGUUCAGCUAAUUCAGUUUCAAGAAGAUAAUUUUGGAAAAAAUGUUUCUAAACCACCACUUACAAGAUUACCAAUGCGUUGUUUCAUGGAUUUUAAGCCUGGAGGAGCACUUUGCCAUAUUCUGGCAACUGUAUAUAAGUAUAAGAGUGAACAAGGUUGGCGAAGGUUCGACUUUCAGGUCAGUAAGAGUCCCUCUCGAAUGGAUCGGAAUGUUGAGAUGUUUAUGUCUGUGGAAAAGGCACUUAUUCAGGCAAAAUGCCUCUCUCUUCCCUGUGUUUAUGUCAGAUCAGAAGUGGAUAAAAGUAUAGCAGUUAAAGUGAAGGAUAUUAUUAAGAGGCACCAAGGUUCUGUGACAGAAAACGAAGAAGGAGCUACACACAUAAUAUACCCAGUAGUAGAUCCUCUUGAUGAAGAAUAUGCUAGGCCUGUAUUGCGCAGGGAUAAAAUGACCCUGAUGCAUUGGUAUUAUUUUCCUGAUUCAUAUGAUUCAUGGUCUUCAGUGGAUCUUCCACUUGAUCCACCCGAUUCGCCCCCUCAGCAUCAACUUCCCUGGAGGGUAACAGCUUCUUGGGCAAUUGAAUUGGAUAUGUACAAUGAAUGGAUGAAUGAAGAAGAUUAUGAAGUUGAUGAAAAUGGAAAAAAGAAAGUUCAUAAGCUUCGUUUGUCAGUUGAUGAUUUAAUGGGCCAGACAGAUGCUACUACAAAGAAGAAACCUAAAAGAAAACGUUCCCCAUCUCCCGUUCAAAAACCAGGAAAAAGGAAAAGUGGUCGAGGUUCAUCUGUUGGUCCAAAAAAAAUUAAAAGUGAGGAAGAAGAAAGUGACUUGACAAGAGAUAUGGAUGAUCCUACCCCAGAACCCAAUAUCCAAGAAGUGCCAAUUCCCAAACCUGCAGGAUUAUCAAAUAACAAGAAGGAUAGUGAAUGCCUCCCUGUAAAAAGUGGAAUAGUGAUGGAUUUGGACGAAGAAGCCGAUCGUGGUGAAGAUAGUCAAACUGGCAAAACAUCUGAGUCUACAGUACAGGAAACUGUUCAGAAAGAAGACGGUCAGGAAGAUAAUGUUACAGAACAGACUCAUCAUAUUAUUGUUCCUUCAUAUUCUGCUUGGUUCGAUUAUAAUUCAGUUCAUACUAUUGAAAAACGAGCUUUGCCUGAAUUUUUCAAUGGAAAAAAUAAAUCUAAAACCCCUGAAAUCUACCUAGCAUAUAGGAAUUUUAUGAUUGAUACAUAUAGACUGAAUCCAACAGAAUAUCUUACGUCUACUGCGAGUAGAAGGAAUCUGGCUGGCGAUGUUUGUGCUAUCAUGCGUGUCCAUGCAUUUUUGGAACAGUGGGGUCUUAUCAACUACCAGGUGGAUGCAGAUAGCAGACCAACUCCCAUGGGACCACCACCAACUUCACAUUUCCAUGUGCUUGCUGAUACACCAUCAGGUUUAAUGCCUGUUAACCCCCCAAAGACACAGCAGGGUUCGGCUGCCAAAACACUUCUUGAUAUGGGUCAGACUAAGCCAAUUGUGAAGUCUGAACCUGAUCUCGGUGGAAAUUUCGGAUUAAAACUGGAUCAGUAUGCCAAGAAACCUGCUGUUUUGAAGAAUAAGCAGGCUGCAAGUGUAACAAGGGAUUGGACAGAACAAGAAACUUUGUUAUUGCUUGAAGCAUUAGAGUUGUAUAAGGAUGAUUGGAACAAAGUUUGCGAACAUGUCGGUUCAAGAACUCAAGAUGAAUGUAUUCUACACUUCCUCAGGCUUCCUAUUGAAGAUCCUUAUCUUGAGGACCACGAAGCAGGAGGGGCACUAGGCCCUUUGACGUAUCAACCGAUACCCUUUUCAAAGGCUGGAAAUCCAAUCAUGUCUACUGUAGCGUUUCUUGCAUCUGUAGUUGAUCCGAGAGUGGCAUCUUCAGCUGCAAAAGCAGCCAUGAUUGAGUUCGCCAACAUAAAGGAUGAAGUUCCUGCAGCACUUUUAGAUCAACAUAUAAAAAAUGUUGAAGCUUCUACUGCUGACGGAAAAUAUGAUCCUGCUGCAGGACUACUCCAGAGUGGCAUAGCUGGUACAGCCCCUGAGAAAGAUGAAGAAUCUGACAAAGAUAAGAAAGAAAGUGAUGGUGAAUCCGGAAAUGAAACUAUAUCUAAGGGAGCUGAUUCUGACAGCAAAUCUGAUGAAAGUACUGUCAAAACAGCAGAUCCCGAAGAUGAAACAGAAAAGAAAGAAACUGAACAACCACCUUCUAAAGAAACUACAGAGAGGGAGAGGUUAGUCAAAGAUGCACAGCUUCAGUCAGCUGCAGCUGCUGCUUUAGCUGCGGCUGCUGUCAAAGCCAAGCAUUUGGCUGCUGUUGAAGAAAGAAAAAUCAAAUCUCUUGUUGCACUCCUUGUUGAAACUCAAAUGAAAAAACUUGAAAUAAAGUUAAGGCAUUUUGAAGAAUUAGAAACAACAAUGGAGAAAGAAAGAGAAGGUCUUGAGUAUCAAAGGCAGCAAUUAAUUGCUGAAAAACAGCAGUUUCAUUUGGAACAACUGAAAGCAGCUGAAUUUCGAGCAAGGCAAGAAGCAGUAAGGAGGUUAGCUGCUGAGCAGCAAGCAAUGCCAGUGUCACCUGUUCCCCAACAGCAGUUGCCACCUCCGCCCCCAUCUGCUACAAUCCAGUAGUCAUCAUUUUUAUAAAAUGAACUUUUUAAUUAAUUUCUAUAUAUGUAUGUGUGUGU